UGAUAGAACCUUGGAGAUCUCGGCAGUGUAGCGCUCAUUCUCUGCUUACCUCCCCCAGAGGGCAUCGCGCUCCGUCCUUGUUUGCGCCGCCAUUUUGAAGGAGCAGUGCAGACGGAACGUCCCCGCACUCGGUUUUUCCCCUCAGAGAUCCUUCUCCAGCCGGCAACAUGAGCUCCCCAGUGAACGUGAAGAAGCUCAAGGUGUCCGAGUUGAAGGAAGAGCUGAAGAAGAGGCGGCUGAGUGAUAAGGGGCUGAAGGCCGAUCUGAUGGAGAGGCUGCAGGCCGCCUUGGAUGACGAGACUGAGACCGGCGGAGGGGUGGCCGCCGGGGCGAAGGAUGAAGCCGGCGAUGCCGCAGAAGGAGCGGACACGGAGGCCGCCACCGGGGAGGAGGAAGAAGAAGAGGACGAGGAAGGGAUGGAGGUAGGCGGAGAGAAUGGCGGUGAAGAUGAUGAGGAGGAAGAGGCUGAGGAGGCCGCUGCCGCCGUCGCACAGGAUGACGAGAAUGGAGACGACCAGGGCUUCCAGGAGGGAGAGGAGGAAGAUGAGGAUGAAGGCAUCCCUGUGGGUGAGGAGGAUGAUGAAGAGGGCUCCAGUGAGAGCGGCCGAGCCAAAGAUCAAAGCAAACAAGAUGACGAGAGCGUGCCGAGCGGGCCCCGGCCCCUCAUGGCCAUCAAGGUGGACGAGGCGGGAGCGGCAGGCAGAAGCGGCGAAGGCAAAGAAAAGGAUAAGAAAAGAGGAGUGAAAAGGCCACGUGAGGAUCAUGGGCGUGGUUAUUUCGAGUACAUUGAAGAAAACAAAUACAGCAGGUCCAAAUCGCCACAGCCUCCGGUCGAUGAGGAAGAUGAAAAGGUGGAUGACUCAAAUGUUCUUCUUGACACAUAUAACUGUGACCUACAUUUCAAAAUUUCCCGGGAUCGCUUAAGUGCCUCUUCCCUCACUAUGGAGAGUUUUGCCUUUUUGUGGGCAGGUGGCCGGGCUACAUAUGGUGUUUCUAAGGGCAAAGUGUGCUUUGAAAUGAAGGUUACAGAAAAGAUUCCAGUGAAGCAUUUGUAUGCUAAAGACCUUGAAGUUCAUGAAGUGCGUGUUGGUUGGUCCCAGAGUUCAUGUGGCUCUAUAUUGGGUGAAGAAGAAAACUCUUAUGGCUAUUCCCUGAAAGGAUCCAAAUGUUCCAACAGUGAAGUAGAAGACUAUGGCGAGAAGUAUGAUGAGAAUGAUGUAAUCACUUGUUUGGCUAAUUUUGAUGGUGAUGAGUUGGAGCUGUCCUAUGCAAAAAAUGGCCAGGAUCUUGGAGUGGCAUUUAAAGUCGACAAAGAAGCUCUUGCAGAUAAGAAGCUCUUCCCUCAUGUCCUUUGUCACAAUUGUGCUGUAGAAUUCAACUUUGGCCAGCAGGCUGAGCCUUUCUUCCCAGCCCCUGAAGGAUAUACAUUUAUUCAGAAUGUUGCAUUGGAAGACCGUGAGAGAGGACCCCUGGGGCCAGAACAGAAAAAAGAUUGUGAGGUAAUCAUGAUGAUUGGUUUGCCUGGAGCUGGAAAAACAUCAUGGGUAACCAAACAUACAACAGAAAAUCCUGGAAAGUAUAAUGUCCUUGGAACAAGUAACAUCAUGGAGAAAAUGAUGGUUGGUAAUAAUAAAAAGACAACUGACCCUUCCAAGCUAAAUGCUUUGCUUCAGAGGGCUCCACAAUGCCUUAGCAAGUUCAUUGAAAUUGCAGCUCGUAAGAAGAGAAACUACAUUCUAGAUCAAACCAAUGUAUCUGUGGCGGCUCAGAGGAGGAAAAUGUGCCUGUUUGCAGGCUUUCAACGUAAAGCUGUUGUCGUGUGUCCAAGUGAUGAGGUGUAUAAAGAGAGGACGCAGAAAAAGGCUGAAGUGGAGGGAAAAGACCUUCCAGAGCACGCUUUACUUAAAAUGAAAGGAAAUCUUACCCUGCCAGAAGCUAGCGAGUGCUUUGAUGAAAUAACUUAUGUAGAACUGCAAAAAGAAGAAGCUGAGAAACUUGUAGAGCUGUACAAAGAAGAAAGCAAGAAGGCUCUUCCUCCAGAGAAGAAGCAAAAUGUUGGCGCUAAGAAAGUAAACAAGAACAAAAAUAACAAGUCUAGAGGCGGCGGUAUGCCCCAUGGACAUGGUGGGCACAGAGGUCGCGGUGGUGGAGGUGGAGGCUAUAAUAUGCGUGGUGGAAACUUCCGUGGUGGAGCCCCAAUGAACCGUGGAUUCAACAGGAGGGGGGGUAACAUGCCACAGCGUGGAGGUGGUGGAGGAGCAGCUGGAUACCCAUAUCCUCGUGCACCCGUCUAUCACAACAGGGGAGGAGGAGGUGGUGGUUAUGGUAACCGUGGAAACUUUGGUCGCGGUGGUGGAGGAGCUGGAAUGCCCAACCGUGGAAACUACAACCAGAAUUUUAGAGGAAGGGGAGGCAAUCGUGGCUUCAAAAACCAUUCUCAGGGGUACAACCAGUGGCAGCAACCGGGUCAAUACUGGGGUCAAAAGCCAUGGAGCCAGCAGUACCACCAAGGAUAUUAUUGAAUACCCAAAUAAAAAUGAACUGAUACAUAUUUCUCUUCAAACCCUUCACAAGAAGUCGACUGUUUUCUUUAGGUUAACUUUUAAAACAAAACAAAAAAAAAAAAAAAACAUUCCACAAGAGGAAGUGCCUGCGGGUUCUUUAUUGGUUUUGUUAAACAUUUAUUUUUAGUUGCUUUUUUUGUACAAUUUUUUUUUCUUUUAUUGCGGUUUUUAAAGUAAUAAGAACCUUAGCAUUGUGCACGAUAAAGAAUGUCAGUAUUUCAGGGUUCUCCAUUGUUCUCUGUAAUUAAUUUUUUGUUUUUAAUUUCUAUGAAGUAAAGAGAUCGAUUUGUACUUGGUGUCAUUAUUUUUAGGAAUAGAAUCCCUUAACUGUAACCGUGCAUGGAAAGGAAGUCAGGGAUUUGCUGUUUAAUUUGUGGCUCAGUUUUUGUAGUGGUGCUCAGAUAUUCAGCCAUUCUUUAUUUAACCUCCAUCUUGCUAGUUUAGGGAGCAAACAUCCUGGCUUGUUAGAUCUUGGAAGGCUGUAAGGGGAAUGCACUAAAAUGGCUUUCUGAGGAAGUGAGGUUGGUGUGUUAGAUAUUUAAUGUUUUACUUUACCUCUGGAAACCGCAGAGACUUCAACUUGUGAAGGUUUAAAAUUUUCUCCAUUUGUUAAAACACUUCGAUUCUUCAAAGAAUAGGCUAGAUAUGCCUGUUUCUUAUUAAACUAAACUUGUUGUAAAUCUAGCUGUCUGAUGGGAUCUGUAUGAAGUUAGCUGUGUUUGUAUCUCCCACUUACCCGUCCCUUGCAAUUUUUUUAUUUGAAUAGUGUGCUUGUAGUUGCACCAUCAUUGUAAACUAAAUAUAUUGUGAGUACAUUUAUUAGAUAGCAUUUCUUUCUUAAAAUGUCAGUUCUUUAUAUUUUGCCUGCUAACCUCUAAAGAGGGUGAGCUGGAAUACAUCAUAGCAUUUUAUUUGCAAUAAACAAAUGAAUUUACACUGUCGUGUUUUUGGGAUUGUCAAAAACGUUAAAACAUAAUCCCGUCCCCAUACAACUGCCACGUUAUUCUUCAUUUUAUGCAUAGACUUGAUUGCAAUUAAAGAGAUCAAUGGAUUGUGCUGAUGUCCACACUCUUUCCACUCUAAAGUAGUGGAUUGGGAUCUUGUCCACUUACAGCAGCCUGGCCUUGGUCCGUAUGCACAUCUCAAAGGCCAUGGCGUGGCACUCGCCUCAGAUAUACACCUGCUGCUUUAUUUUGCUACCCAAGACUUGUUCAAGGCAGUUCAGCGGUGUCCCAACCCUGCGAUGAGAAGCAUGGUAUAAAGUAACCCGUUACAUGGAGGGAAUGCCACCUAUAUCUCAGCUGAAUGGUACAAAAUGCUUUGGAGCACCUGACGUUCUGUGGCUUAAUGCCCUUGAGGUAAAGUUUGACAAGCAGUCUCCCGUCUUUUAACUAUGGAUGGGAGCAACUCCUAUGAACUGACUUUCUAAAUAAAAAGUACAUGCUUGAUUUACUAUUUAACUAACAAGUCUCUGGUAAGUUGUACAUCUCCGCAAAUCCCUUUUUAUAAGAAGGGAUCUUCCCUCCCCUUAUCUAGUCUGAAAUAAAGUACUCUUAAUUCCA